UUUGUUGACGCCCAGAUACAAAGGAGGCGCUAGCCUUAUAAAGAGCAGGCUGUGUUUGCCGACUUUUGCCAGCGCAGAGAGCAGUCGGUUUCCAGCUCAGCAGACGAGAUACAUAUACAAAACACGCCGGUUUUGUUCCUGGGGCGUCGCCACACACCACUGGGGAAGCAUGAGAGAGAUCGUCCACAUCCAGGCUGGCCAGUGUGGCAACCAGAUCGGUGCCAAGUUCUGGGAAGUAAUCAGUGAUGAACAUGGAAUUGAUCCCACUGGCAACUACGUCGGUGACUCAGACCUACAGCUGGAGCGAAUCAGUGUCUAUUAUAAUGAAGCUUCAUCACACAAGUAUGUUCCUCGAGCCAUUCUGGUAGACCUGGAGCCAGGAACCAUGGACAGUGUCCGAUCAGGAGCCUUUGGACACCUUUUCCGGCCUGAUAAUUUCAUCUUUGGUCAAAGUGGUGCUGGUAACAACUGGGCCAAGGGUCAUUACACCGAAGGUGCCGAGCUGGUGGAUUCUGUCCUUGAUGUAGUGAGAAAAGAGUGUGAGAACUGUGACUGUCUGCAGGGCUUUCAACUUACCCACUCCCUUGGAGGUGGCACAGGCUCUGGCAUGGGUACCCUUCUUAUCAGCAAAGUCAGGGAGGAGUAUCCUGAUCGAAUCAUGAACACUUUCAGUGUAGUGCCUUCUCCAAAGGUGUCAGAUACUGUGGUAGAGCCAUACAAUGCCACCUUGUCUAUCCACCAGCUAGUAGAGAACACAGAUGAGACCUACUGUAUCGAUAAUGAAGCUCUCUAUGACAUAUGUUUCAGAACCCUCAAGCUGGCCACUCCUACAUAUGGUGACCUAAAUCAUCUGGUCUCUGCCACCAUGAGUGGUGUUACUACUUCCUUGAGGUUCCCUGGCCAACUAAAUGCUGAUCUCAGAAAACUUGCUGUAAACAUGGUGCCCUUCCCCCGACUCCAUUUCUUUAUGCCUGGCUUUGCCCCACUCACAGCACGUGGCAGCCAACAGUACAGAGCACUAACAGUGCCAGAACUCACUCAGCAGAUGUUUGAUGCCAAGAACAUGAUGGCUGCCUGUGACCCACGUCAUGGACGAUAUCUAACAGUAGCCACUGUCUUCAGAGGUCGUAUGUCCAUGAAGGAAGUGGAUGAACAGAUGUUGGCCAUCCAGAGCAAGAACAGCAGUUACUUUGUGGAAUGGAUCCCAAAUAAUGUCAAGGUUGCAGUCUGUGACAUUCCACCAAGGGGCCUCAAGAUGUCCUCCACCUUUAUUGGCAACAGUACUGCCAUCCAGGAGCUCUUCAAGCGAAUCUCAGAGCAGUUUACUGCCAUGUUCCGCCGUAAGGCCUUUUUGCACUGGUAUACAGGUGAGGGUAUGGAUGAGAUGGAAUUCACUGAGGCUGAGAGCAACAUGAAUGACCUGGUCUCAGAAUACCAACAGUACCAAGAUGCCACUGCUGAAGAAGAAGGAGAAAUGUAUGAAGAUGAUGAAGAAGAAUCAGAGGCCCAAGCUCAAAAGUGAACUGUUAAGACCUUUCCUGCAAAGGCCUUGCACAAAUCACCAUAACAUUUAAGCAGCUAAGGUGUCCCAACAUGCUUUUGUCUGUCUUUGCUGACUUUUAGAGAACUUUUCUUUAGAACAUGUGCUUCUGUCUCUGUAACCUCUGAUUCUACCAGUUUAUUCAGAAUCCAUAUUUAAUAACAGUAGACACAUCUCACUUUGUCUUCUGUAACAACUCUCUCUUUAUUUUGGUAAAUCCUAAUAGACCAUAUUUUUUUAUUUGUAUUGGGUUGUCAGCUUUUAUUUUAGAUACAUAAUAAAUUUAUUGCUGUCUAGA